AUGGCUGACGAAAUCGAACCCCAAGAAGAAUUUAUUUCCAAUGAAGAAGUAGAACAAGAAAUCAUCCCUACCACAGACGACGUGGAACCACAGGAAGAGGAAGAUCUCAUUAACGAAGAUGAUAUCCCUAUGGGGGAGGACCAGGAAGAAGAAACCAUGGAGAUUGACAUGGCUAACAACUCCGUCGCUUACUUUGACAAGCACACGGAUUCCGUCUUCACCAUUGCUCAUCAUCCAACAUUACCCCUAGUGGUCACUGGUGGUGGUGAUAAUGUGGCACAUCUAUGGACCUCUCAUUCACAACCUCCUAAAUUCGCAGGAACUUUGGAAGGUCACACAGAAUCUGUUGUGGCUAGUGCGUUCACUCACGAUGGACAAUUCCUUGUCACCGCUGACAUGACGGGGAAAAUCAUGGUUCAUAAGAGUAAUAAGAGUGGAUCUCAAUGGAGUCUGACUUCCACUUUGCAGGAAGUUGAGGAAGUUGUUUGGUUGAAAUGCCAUCCUGUCAUAUCGGGUGUCUUUGCCUUUGGUGCCACCGAUGGGUCCGUUUGGUGUUAUCAAAUCAAUGACAAUGAUGGAUCCGUUGAACAAUUAAUGAGUGGGUUCAUUCAUCAACAAGAUUGUACCAUGGGUGAAUUUAUCAAUAUCGAUCAAGGUGAAAAUGUGUUGGAAUUGGUUACAUGUUCUGUGGAUAGUUCCAUUGUUGGAUGGAAUUGUUUCACAGCUCAACCAACUUUCAAGAUCACUAAGGAUGAAAUUAAGGGACUGGAAGCUCCAUGGGUUUCACUAGCAGUGGCACCUUCCAAGAUGACAAAUGGAAACUCAGGUAUCAUUGCAGCAGGUGCCAAUAACGGUGUCCUUGCCAUCAUUAAUUGUAAUAAUGCAGGUGCUGUCCUUCAGUUAUCUACAGUAAUUGAAUUGAAACCAGAACAAGACGAAUUAGACGCAUCCAUUGAAUCCAUCUCAUGGUCUCAGAAUUUCCCACUAAUGGCCAUUGGGUUAGUAUGUGGUGAAAUCUUAUUAUAUGAUACGUCCAGUUGGAGAGUGAGACAUAAAUUUGUCUUGCAAGAUUCUGUUACUAAACUGAGAUUCGAUGGUAACGAUCUAUUUGCAUCCUGUAUUGAUGGUAAAGUCUACCAAUUUGAUUCAAGGACAGGUCAAGAAAAAUUUGUUUGCACAGGUCAUAAUAUGGGUGUAUUAGACUUCGUAUUAAUAGCGCCUCAAGCAAAUAGUACGACAGGUCUAAGGAGAUUGAUUACUGCAGGUGACGAAGGUGUUUCCUUGAUCUUUGAAGUUCCAAAUUAA